AUGGUUUCUAGAUUCUAAUUAUUGAUAUCAAAAUAUGAAAAUAUUCGAUAUAAUUUUGCUUAUUUGUCAUAAACUCUAAGUAACAACUAGCCAGACGCAACUAGUACACCUUUGGAAGAGCUCGCUUAAAAAUAUUAGGUUUAAAUUUUUAAUUUGGGUUAAUACUUAAACCAAAAAGAAAAAGACACUUCUUGA